CACACUAGUCGAGGUCGGAACGCCGUGUUCUGAAUGUAUUUUCUGCAGAGAUGGGAGCGCGGCACGGGCGCACUGUGAGUCGGACCAUGUGUCGCUCAGGAGCAUCUCUUCGCGGGCAAAUGGGAGACGCAAAACAACGUUGAUUUGUGAAGGAUUUUGUUUUUUACUUGAAGAAGCUUCGUCGAUGGGAAAACAAAGAAAGAGGAGAUGGUAGAGAAUGGCCGCACCUGAUCUCCUUGAUCCGAAGUCUGCUGCCAACAACUCCAAGCCGCGCCUGUCUUUCUCAACCAAACCAGUGGUGCUGACCCCCCCUGAGGACGAUGAGUGUGACACCAGGAUCACAGUCAUGAGGUGGAAAACUGUGUCAGCCAUCUUCUUCCUGGUGGUGCUGUACCUCAUCAUUGGAGCCACAGUGUUCAAAGCCCUGGAGCAGCCCCACGAGAGCGAUCAGAAACUGGCCAUUCUAGGGAAAAAACUGCAGUUCCUCGCCAUGCACUCCUGUGUCAACACCAGCGAGCUGGAGAACCUGGUCAAGCAGGUGGUGUCAGCGGUACGUUCAGGAGUCAAUCCUUCAGGAAAUUCUGUGAACCAGUCGAGCCUGUGGGACCUGAGCUCCUCGUUCUUCUUCGCUGGAACAGUCAUCACGACCAUUGGAUUCGGAAACAUCUCCCCUCACACAGAAGGCGGGCGGAUCUUUUGUAUCAUCUAUGCUCUGCUGGGCAUCCCGCUCUUUGGCUUUCUUCUGGCUGGAGUGGGAGAUCAGUUGGGGACCAUCUUUGGGAAGGGCAUCGCCAAAGUGGAGAAGAUGAUCGUGAAGUGGAAGGUGAGUCAGACCAAGAUCCGUGUAAUCUCCACUCUGAUCUUCAUCCUGUUUGGGUGCCUCCUCUUCGUCGCUCUGCCAGCUGUUAUCUUCAAACACAUCGAGGGCUGGAGUGCGCUGGAGUCCAUUUACUUUGUGGUCAUCACGCUCACUACCAUUGGCUUUGGAGACUUUGUGGCCGGAGAGAAAGGCGGGUCAGAGAGUCCCUCUGGAGGGUCAGCGGAGAGCCAUGUUUACCUGGACUAUUACAAGCCUGUCGUCUGGUUCUGGAUACUGGUGGGCCUGGCGUAUUUCGCUGCUGUGCUCAGUAUGAUUGGAGACUGGUUCAGAGUCAUCUCCAAGAAAACUAAAGAAGAGGUGGGGGAGUUCCGGGCACACGCUGCAGAAUGGACCGCCAACGUGUCGGCUGAGUUCAAGGAGACCCGGAGGCGCCUCAGUGUGGACAUUUAUGACAAGUUCCAGCGCGCGGCGUCCAUCAAGCGCAAACUGUCAUCUGAACUGGGCAUCAACGCAACACUCAACCAGGAAAUGACUCCAGGCAAAAGGACCCUGUCGGUUAACCUGGGGGAUGAGCGUGACUGUUACCCCAACCUAACUCUGCCCCUCACCCCAGUCCCUGGAGCACUGACCAGGAACGGGAGCCUCUAUCUGAACGGACUCAGCCCAGACUACGCAGUGGAACGCCGGGAGAUUCCUGGCAUGGACAAUCUCAAAUAAGAAAAGAGAAACAUAUAAACUGU